GUAAUAUUCUGAUUUUAAAAUAUAAAAGUCAUCAUUGUCACUGUCAACAUCAAUUUUGCAAGUUAUCUUUAUUUAAAUACACUAUUUUGAUUAUUUUUCUACGAUUUAAAUAAAAUAAUGUUCAAAAGUGAUUCCCAGUCCACAACCUUGUCGGAUUUGAUCAAGCGAGGUUUCUUCGAAGCUGUUUAUGCGAAGAGUAAUCCUAAUUCCAGUGAUAAUUCCCCGAGGCGUGGCGCGUGUGAGCCUGUGGAAGAGAAGCGUAGGGUUUCUCCGCCACCAGUGCCGCCAUGUUCUGUCACAAACCGAGGGAAAUCCGGGGCAGGUGUUUCCGGUUCUCGUAACCAGCCGCAAGGCGACCCUAGCGGGCUGCCCUCGGGUGCAACCAACCCGGGUUUGCUCAGAUACAUCCACAACGCAGCUCGCUACAGGAUACCCCAGUGCUUUGAGGGCGCCUCUCUAUCUGUUAAACAGGAUACUAAUGAAAAUUGGAUGCUCGGCCACUCUAUGACCUUCAGUUCAGUAUCGCCGGGUGGUUACAAGCUUCUACUUUCCUACAUGGACAAAUCCAAGCCGUCAAAGCUGCCUUACUUUAUAAUAGAAGCGGCGCCAGGCGGACAGAUGAGCUGCGAGGCUCGGGUCGGGCCCUCCGACAGUACUCGGGCCACAGUGGUUGCGCAAAUCGCUGACCGCGAGAUUUACAGCUUUGAAAGCAUUUUUGACGCCUAUUUUGACAAUUGCACGGCUUCUGUGAUUGCCGUCAAUAAGGAUUUCAUUGCUUUACAUUUUCUUCAGGCGAUAACGGAUGAAAUAUCACUGGGGGCUGAGUUCGUAUCCCGCGUUCAAGCGACGGAGCUGAGCUCAGCAUCAGCCGCAGCACGCUAUAUGACAAAGCAGUAUUCAGCUAGCGCUACCCUGGGCAGUCGUGGUUUGGACCUGUGCUAUGCGCGAGCCAUCGCGCCGCACCUCACCGUCGCGGGGAUGUUUGAGGUUGGCUUUGCAUUUCGCCGUGCGGUAGCAACCCUGGCCUACGAAUGGCGCGCGGACGAGUGGACGGUCCGAGGCUCGGCCGACUCGGACGGCCUAGUCGGCGCCACGCUGCAGCGCGCCCUCGGCGGCAAGCAGGCCAAGCUGGCUUGCGAAAUAUCGGCGCUGCUCAACCACCCUAAUAAUAAGUUCCGGCUCGGCUUCGGAGUGACUGCUGCUGUUGUUUAGAUUUGUCUACGCAUUGAAGAUAUAAUUGGCCUUUAUAUGGAUGGUGCACGGAAUAUUCAUUAGUACAGCUAAAUAUAAUAGGGUAAUAAGAGAGACGCGCGUAUGCAAACUAAUAAAGUUGACCCGUUAACUAAAAAGCUCUAAGUACUUCAAGCAGGUAUGGCGCUCCUGUUACUGCUAAGUUCCAAGUUGUUUGCCUUUUUUGCGGUCUUUUAUCCAUCUAAAAUGAACAUAUAUGUAGGUAGUUUAUGUUUGUUUUUAAUUUAAUUGAUUGAUAUAAAAAAAUAUAUAUUCCACGACAUUUACUAAAUGGCUAAUUCCUUAUAAAGUAUCUACUUAUUUUUUUAUGUAUGAAAUUAGGUAAGUACACCUAUUUAAAACCUUGCAAUAAUAGGUACGACUUCGUCCUAUAAUUAUUAACCUGUGAUUAGUGAUAUUAAUUAUUAAAAGUAAAAAUUGUAUCAUAUUCAAAAACUGAAAAUGUAAUUCCGUUCAUAUGUUUUUAUUAUACCAAUUUAUUGUUUUGACUAAGCUUUAUACCUACCGCAUAAAUUAGUUGUGAGAUUUGUUAUUCUGACCGUUGCUUUGAAUUGGAUUAAACACCAUCUAAGAUGCUGUAACCCAAUUCAUUUAUUUGUGGCAUGGACUUUGAAUCUUAAUAAUUUUAAUUAUUACUUAUACUCUUAUUUUUAUAAGUGUUUAUAACCGAAGGCAAGUUUAGUAUACAUAUUAGUUUU